CAGUGCAAAUACAAAAGCCAGAAGCGUCUAAUUCGUUAAGUGCUGCUGCAGCCUUUGGUGUCAAUGGAACGAGUGAGGUCGUGGCUGUCUGUUGAACAUGUACAGAAGACAGUCACCCACAACGUCACAGAUCUCUCUAUGGAGGAUGCAAUGCAGGACCCAGAAUCCGCAAUUUUUGACAUCACAGCAUCGCGGGAUGCUGCGAGGCUCGGAUUUCGCGGAUCUUUGUUUCUUUGUACGCUACUGGCUUUCUCAGUCUCAGCAUUAUCCGUUGGACUGUGGUCUGAGAUGGGCUGUGGCGAACCGUGUCUGAUGUUUUUGCAGAGGCACAAGAUGCUUGCGCUUCUUUGUGCUGGCAUCUCUUUGCUUCUGCUUCUCGCCUUGUAUUUGCUGGAUUUCUUCAUGCCUCCUCAUAUGCCUGGUGAGUAUUGCUCUUUGUACCACGGUGACCGCUUGUUAGGACGAGGCAUUCUUGCCUUUGCACUUGUUGGGCUUCUGGGUGCUGCAUUUUUCUUGGCUGACACCUUCCCAACAGCUCCUCUAGUGCUGACGAUCUUCCUUUCGCCGACCCUCCUCAUAGGGGUGCGGCAGGCAACAAAGCCCAAGCCUCGCUUUGUGUUGGGAACUGGCUCAAAGGACGCAAGCUUGCAGGAGCGCUUACGAAUGUUAAAAAUGGUCACUGGCGAAGAGAAGGAACAAUGUUGCUUCUACAAAGCAGCAACCUUUGGAUUCCUGCUGACAGCUUUCACUUGCAUAGCUCUCUGGAUUCCCUGGGCAGCAACGACACAGGUCCAAUUGACCGAAGGCAUGGAUGCCACGGAACGAGAGAUCAGCUUCGUUCGCUGGUCCACGCCUUUGAUUGUGGGAAUUUCCAACAUCAUUUUCGCGAGCUUUACAGGCUUGCGAGUUGCCUUAGACCAGGCAUAUGCUGGAACAGACGACAAUCGAGCUCAAAUUAUUCUAAGUUCCCGAAGCCACAUGAACCGAGAGCUGAUGGAUCACCGCAUUGCACAACUCAGAGCUCGACUGGCAGCUGAAACUCCCGGCUCCCAAGUGCAGAAGACGCGCGACCGAGCGCAGCAGUACUUAAUACAGCACACUGCCCACAUGCGCCAACUCUCCAACAUUGUCAAGACUGUUGGGUGCGGCUUCAUUGCCCUUCUGGGAGCCUUGUACAUUGCUUUUCAGCUGACAGCGGCGGACAGUCACAUUGCUGACAUGGUGCAGUGCUUCUUGGGUGCCUUCUUCCUGACCUUUGUAGCCUUUAUCUUUGUGUCAUUCAAUCGAUUGUGGCAGGCUAUGUCUACCUGGCUACAGGAUUUGCCGCUGUGGAAAUCUGCUGUUGGUCUUUGUUCAUCCACAUGGGCACGUGCUGCUCUUCUUUGCCUGGUGAUGCCGUUGGUUCCUUUGAUGGUCCUCCUCUCUUCCUUGAACCAGGCGGUUCGCUGUGCCCGUGGCUUUAAAGACCGAAGAUGCCUCACUGAGCGGGUGCACACCACGUUUGCGCAAGCAGCACAAUGGGAGUGGGUGUCAUUGGCCUCCUGGGCCUACAUUAUGGCUACCAUCAUGAUGUUGUACAAGGUCAUUCCUCUCUUCAUCAAUGUGUUGCUGGCCUGGCUGAAUUCGGUCGUCGCGCACUUGCCCUUUGCGGGUAUUUUGGGCUUCACCUUUGGCGCUGGAAUGGUCUUGUUCAUGUUGCCCCCGGUGCCGGGACCACCCAUCUACCUCUUUGGCGGCCUGGUGAUCUCAGAGCAUUGUCCCUAUGGCUUUUGGUGGGGCUGCGUAAUUUGCAUUAUUUUAUGCAUGGUUUUGAAGCUCUCCGCAUGUGCCACUCAGCAGAAAGUCAUCGGAGAGUUGCUUGGAAACCGGCAAUCCAUUCGUCAUGCCUGUGGCGUUCACAGGCCCUUUAUGCGUGCAAUUGAGCAGGUUCUUCGGAGGCCUGGGAUGAGCUUCGGCAAGUGCAUGAUCCUUUGUGGUGGGCCGGACUGGCCCACCUCGGUGUUAGCUGGGAUCCUUCGGCUGUCACUUGUGCAAUGUACAAUAGGCACUUUGCCGGUGAUUCUUUCACUGAUUCCCUUGGCGUUGACGGGUAGCUUCUACUUGCGCCGGGAUGAAAGUGAGGUUUGGGCCCGUGCGGGCAAUUUGAUGUUCUCUCUCACAGCUUUGGUCUCCGUGACCUUUUGGACGGGCAUGGGAUGGGCGAUUCAGGACACGUUCGACAAGUACAACGAGCAGUUGACUGCGCCAAAGGUGGAGUUUGUGGAAUUGGAUUGGCUAGACCACUGUGAAGACCGAAUACGAGACAAGUGCCAACUGCGAUUCAAAGACCUUCCUGCAUGGGUCUCGUUCUUUCACUUUACAGGUGCUUUCCUGAUGGUUGCAGUUGCACAAUUCUUCUUCUGGCGUGCUGAUUCAUGCUUUGGCAAGUUCAAGGUCACAGAUGAUAUAGCGGAGCUCCACUGGUGGCCAUGGACAGGGGAUCCUGGGAGUGCAAUGAUCAAGAUGCCUGGAUUGGCUGGUGUGAUCCUAGUUGCGGUUGCAUUCGUUUUCUUGAUGGUCUCUCGCCUGUGGCGGAGCAGGCACAACGCGAAGGCUACCAAAUCGAUGCGGGCAGAACUGGCUCUCGAGGAGGAGGCAUGGAAGGCACGACGGAGGGAGGAAGCGCAAAACUGGUCUCCUCAAAGUGCAUCUGCCUCGCCAGUCAUCCGGGAUGCGUCCGCCAAGUCCGUGGGCGACCUCAACCCCGCUCUGCAGGGUGUCAUUGCCACUGCCAUGGAAGGAGCCCCCGUGAACUCAGUGAAGUCCAUUGAUUCUGUGAUCGGCAUUGCUGUGCCAGAUGAAGAGAACCUUACCUUGACCUUACCUCCAUCUCUCUUUCGGCCUGCGUGGUUGACUGUGCCGUACAACGUACAGGAUGCGAUUGCUUUCAACACAUUGGAUCGAGCAUUUUCCAUAUGAGGGAGGUCGGGUUCGAAUCGUUCGCAACCUCGAGGAAGACUUGAAGUGCAGCAGGCUUCAAUCGGGUUUUUCUGGUGUGAAUACAUCUAUUUCCCUUUGAAGAAGGGCGUGGGGAAUGUAGAAGCCAUUCCUCUUCUGUAUACCGUCAGGUUUCACCAGAAGUGUUUUGAUCAAAGGAAAUCUGCCCGGCUGUCUCGUGACCACGAGCUUGCAUGACACUCCAAUCCUGAAAAGCC